UUCUAAUUGAUCCCUACCAAUAGUACGGUGGACUAUCCUAGGUACCUGCAGGGUUUAUAUAUAUAUAUAGAGAGAGAGAGAGAGAGAGACAGAAAAAGGAUUGAUAGAGUAGAAAAUAAUGCAGUUCUCCCAACCCAUAACCUCAUCAUAACCUCAUCAUAACCUAUAUCAUAACCUAUAUCAUAAACUUCAGUCUCCACAUCCUUUUCUUCCACGACAUUUACACCACAAACACACUUCACUUCCAGCACUCUGCACGGUGACGACGAGCAUAUGCACCUGGAUUUGAUGAUUGGAAUGAAAGAGAAUCUCAAUGAUCUGUGCAAGCGACCACAGCCGAUCAGAUCGCCGUCGACUGAAAUCCUUUCGGAAUAGUGCGGUGAUAUUCCUGGACUAUGGAUGCGCCGUGAGUGGAUCUGCCUUAUAUGAGAUUCAUUCGAAUGAAAUGAAAUCCCUGACGCAAGAGAUUGAUGGAAUAGAUUCUGUAAAGAUCGAUCGCCGAUCGUGAGUCAAGACGAUUUGACUUGACUUGAAAGAAAUUCAGGAAUGAAGUCGAAGAAUGGAUCGUCAAUUCCAGCCAGCCAUGGUAACACUCAACAACUCUGGGGAAUUUGAAAGAGAUUUAAUAACAGAGAGGAUCACAACUCGGCUCAA